AUGGCCAUGGCUGAGUGGCCACAGCCUGGCUGGGAUUCAGAUAACCCCAACAGCUGCCAGGACGUGGGCAACUCCAUCCUGUUGCUGCUGGGUUUCAUCAUCUGCAUUAACAUUAUCAUCAAUAUGGUGACCCUGCUCUGGAGCAGACUCCGAAUCAUCUUACACCGGGUAUUCCUUAUCAUUUGUGAAAAAGAAGCUGUUAACUCCUCCUCACCUGGGAAGCAGACCCAUCCCUCGAAGAAGGAGAGCUCCUCUGCAGUCCAUCUUCGAUGCACCAUGGACCCUGUGAAAAUGACUGUGACCCCCCCACCCACACGACGACAUCGCCGGCGAGCCUCUCCAUUGUGCCGAGUCCACAACCCAGCAGCUUGGGCUCCUGACACUGAUGAUGAGAAGCCCCCACCUCAGUACCCAGCAAUCUGCUCUCGCCACUGGGAUGGUUCCAAGGACUGGCAAGUCUUCCAAACCACCCAGAAACUCUGGGAUCCCUGGACACAGGACAUUCUGGAACCACUUCCCCAGACUAUCCGCUUCCAGCCCACUGUAGAGAGAAGGCCCCUCAAAACAGAGAUGCGGUCAGAGCUGGGACUAGAGGCCUAUGUAUACCCUGUGAACCCCCCACCUCCCAGCCCAGAGGCUCUGAGCCAUAAGAACAGUGGGGCAGGUGCAGAGGCUGAGGUAGAACAGUGCCAGCCUGCCUCGCCGCCCUUCCUGGGCCCAGCGAAUGUCCCCGAUAUCCCUCAGCGCCGCUCCUCAAUCCGAGUAGCGUAUGAUGCCCGGGAUGUGAGGCGGAGGCUUCGAGAACUGACCCGAGAGGUGGAGGCCUUGUCCCACUGCUAUCCCUUGGCCUCUGGAUCUAGCGCUGCAGAGGGGACAGGAAAGGACUGGGUGUAUCGUCCCCUGACGGGGAAGUGA